CAAUCACUUCUAUGUCACCAUUCUUAUAUAUUAUUUAUUUUUGCUGCUUUUAUACAUUGUAUACAUAUAUUUUGGAGGUGUCAUUAAUUUUUUCCUGAGCCUAGUUCAUUUAUCACAGACAGACAGACAGACACACACGCACGCACGCACACUAUAUCAAAAAUCUGGUUCGUUUCGUCAUUUCAAGUUUUAGACGAAACCAAAACCGUCAGCAUGGCUUCUCUCGUCAAGCCAGUGUUUUUAUUGAGAUGUCAACAGUCAAUAUCUCGGUGUUCGAAGACGCUUAUUCAGUCACGAAAAUUACCAGCCGUAUGCUGCUCUACUUCCACUGAUGAUCCCAUUAAACUCAAUCAAAAUGAAUCUACCUUAUUGUCAAAAGAUCCACUACCUGUCUUUCUUAAUGAAAAAACACAAGCAAUAUUACAGAAAAUUACAGGUUUUGAGUUAGAGAAAAUCUUCAGAACAACGAAAAUGCCACUGAGAAAUCCUAAAUAUAAACUAAUGGUCCAAGAGGAACUUGAAAAGGAACAAGCAAAAGCAGUUGCACUGGGAAAAGCUCGGCUUCAAAUGCCUCCUGUAAUGAAAGCACAAAAAGAUUUGUCAGAUGUGGUGUUAUCCAAUGAUACUUGUCUUGAUAAACUGAACAAAAAAAAGCUGGUGUUUACUGAUAUUUCACUUGAUGUUUCUCACAAGAAAAGAUUUAUUGUGGUUCGAGAACCAGAUGGCAAACUCCGGCAUGCAUCAGUUGAUGAACGGGCAAGACUUAUACAGACAUAUUUUCCUUUUGAAGGGCGUAAGAUAUUGAGUCCCAAAAUGUUUCAAGGGGAACAAUUAGAGAAAUUACUUGAGAAAGGUUCCUUUCAGUACAUCUUGGAUAAAGCUUGUAUCCAGUUUGAACCAGACCAUCCUGACUACAUUCAGAUAACACAAAGGACAUAUGAAUUUAUUCGACAAGUUGGUGCUUUUGAUACACUGCGAUCUACACGUCACUUUGGUCCAAUGGUAUUCUACUAUAUAUGGUAUAACAAAGUUGACCGGUUGCUGAUGGACAUGAUUGAACGGAACCAAAUAUCUGAUGCUGCUGAUGUGGUCCGACUUUAUAAUUUAAUUCAUACUGAUUCACCUUGUGCUGAGACUAGCCAGGAUGUCGACAAUGAUCUUGACCUAUUAAAGAUCUUUUGUGUUACCAGUUCCACAGAGAAGCCUCGCCUAGAGUUGACUCUGCAAGUGCAUGAAGACAAACUAAAUGGUGAAGAAUAUCAAGAAUCCAGGGUGUCAUAAUGAUUUUAAAAACGAAAAAAUA